UUUUGCAGGUGUAUCAGAAUCUUCUGUUUCCAUUACUCCUCCUGUUUACAACCCUUUAAAUACUACCCCUUCUACUUCCAACACUCCAACCACUACUUCCAGCAUUUUUACCAUUGCUGCUCCUACUUCUGACCCUCAAACCACUACUACAACCACUACUACACCUACUUUUGACCUUUUUACCACGACUCCCCCUACUUCCGAUCCUCCAACCACUACUUCUUCUUUCAGUUUUUUUACUACAACCACUACUUCUCCUACUUCCAACUUUUUUACCAGAGUUCCUCCUACUUUUGACCUUUUCACCACAACUCCUCCUACUUCCGACCCUCCAACCACUACUUCUCCCUCUUUCAGUUUUUUUACCACAACCACUACUUCUCCUACUUCCAACUUUUUUACCACAGUUCCUCCUACUUUUGAUGGCCUUUUUACCACGUCUCCCCCUACUCCCGACCCUCCAACCACUACUUCUACUUCCAGCUCUUUUACCACAACAGACCUUUCUACCAAUACUUCUCCGGAUUUCAACUCUGAUACCACUACUAGUCAGCUGACUUCCAGUACUCCUACCACUACCAUGCUAGAUGUUAUUACUUCCAUUUCUAAUGUACCUAGCACUAUUUUACAAUCUCCUAUAUUUACUACCCCUAGUUUUACUACUGUAAAUGUUCCUACCACAAGUUCCAUCCCAUCCGUUGUUCCUACAACCACAUCUUCCCCACCCGAUAUUUUGACCUCUAUUUUUACCACUACCACCAGUUCUCCUAUUACUGCAACUACUUACGAGAAUUUUACAGGAUCUUCAUCAACAUCCCUUCCCAUCGUGGUCAGCGGUACCGACCAGCUGGUCAUCUCAUGGACACCAGCACCGGGAAACGUUGACUAUUAUAUUGUUUUUCUUGGAAAUGUAUCUCAACGAGUAAAUUCUCCCACAGCGACUUUCUCAGCAUUGCUACCAGGGACGGGAUACAACGUCACUGUACAGGCGGUUAGUGGGAACCUCACCAGAACAAUCGCCAUCAAGAUGGUGGCCACAUAUCCUACCCCACCGGGAAAUAUAAGCCAUCGGUUUAAUGGAACAGACACAGUCACCCUUGUCUGGGAUAACCCAGUGAAUAUGAGCAAUGCAAAAAAGUCCUUCAAUAUUACCGUGGCUAGGAAUGGUCUGUACAGAUCCGGGUCUUCAAUAUAUACAUCGGAGGCAACGAAUGUCACUGUCAGUGGCCUGUCACCUGGGAACUAUAACUUCACCAUUGUUACGGUGGGUGCCCUCCAAUACACAAGUACUCCCAAGACUGUUACUCUACAACUACCCAAUACUCCCUCCCCUGAUGAUAACCAUGUAGGUGUCAUUGUUGGGGCCGUGGUUGGAAGUGUCGGGGGUGUUAUUGUCAUCGGCCUUUUGGGAUUUUUAAUUUGGAAGAUUGUAAGGAAAAGAGAAUGGUCUCUGGAUAAAAGGCAGAGGCAUACUGCUAAGGCUGAACAAUUUGCAGAAAUGUUUAAAAUGAAAGAAAGGGACACCCAAGGCUUCGGCACGGAGUUUUCAGCUUUGCAGUGCGUUGGAGCUCUACAGUCCCGAUCUAUAUCUACACAUCCAAAAAAUGCCACCAAGAACCAUCCAGAGGCUGUUUUUCCAUAUGAUAAUUCGCUUGUCAAACUGUCAAAAGAUGGAAAUUCUUCCAAUGGUUACAUCAACGCUAGUUAUAUUCCUGGACAGAAAUUUAAGAAGGAGUUCAUUGCUGCGCAGAGUCCUUUACGGGAAACAGUCAACGACUUCUGGAAAAUGAUUUGGGAGCAGAAUGUGACCACCGUCAUCAUGUUCUCUAGCUGUGAAGAAGAUGCACCGGCAUCUAGUGAAGUGUAUUGGCCUUCGACAGAAUCCAGACUUUUUGGCAAUGUGCUGGUAACUUAUGUUAAAGAAAGGCCCUCCCUUGACGGGAUUGUCAGAGAAUUCACGCUUACGCAUGUGAAGAAAAAAGGCAGUUUUCAGGUGAAGCAGUUCCAGUACACCUCCUGGCCGGUGAAUAGUGACUUGUGUGAACAAGAACUCCUUAUAAACUUUGUGACUCACGUGGUGCAGCAUAGAGAGCAACAGCCUAAUAAAUACCCCACCUUGGUGCACUGCAGAACUGGAGGCAGCCGAUGCGGAAUUUUCAUCGCUCUCAGUCGCAUUGUUACUCAGUUAGAGAUGGAUAAUUCUGUAGAUGUGUACAAUACAGUUAAUGACUUAUUGCUGUGUCGGCCGUCCAUGAUACAGACUAAGGAGGAGUAUUUAUUCCUGCACUGCUGUACACUGGAUAUCAUCAGAGCGAGAGACCAGAGACACAGCGACACGGGAUACGCCGAACCAGGUGCAAAUAACAUCUAUCAUAACGAAUCAGAUGAUCAUAAAUAUGAAACGGUUCUCAAACGUUACAACUCCAGAGCCAGUGAUAAUGAAACUUUAUACGAUUCUCCGAUUGACGUCUGACUUGGUAUCCCAAUUGGGAAAAGAAGGAGUCACCGGUGUGGCAAAUGAAAGGCAAAAACUUGACAGCCGCAAGGACCCGUUAUGAUAUAAUAAUAUAUUUAUUACGUUUGUUUCCCUUUCUAAUUGUUGCUGGUUGGAUGAAAAUGCAUUUUGCAUGAGGUUUUUAGCACUUU